AUGGCUACCACCAUCAUCCAACAUACUCCUGUCAAUAUGCCCAUUCCUAAAUCUAGUGCUGCUCCAAAAUUCACUAGAUCCUAUGUCGAUGUCAAGAACUUUUUGGAUCACUGCGACCGCAUUUUUGAUCAGUACAAUGUCACUCUCGACAAUGACAAAAGCAGAGAAAUCAUUGAAGGUUUACCCAGCCAUCAUGCCAAGCAAUGGGAACGACUCAAGACUGAUAUGCUCAAGAUCUUUGACUAUGCUAGGACAACACAGAAGUUCAUGUUGAGUACUCUUCGUGCUUACGCUUUCCAACACUCCAAUCUUUCUAUGCGCUCUCUCAACGACUUCCGCGAGUAUCAGAAGCAAUACAUUUGCAUCGCUGGUUGGCUUCUCAACAACAACAAGAUAUCCAAGACGGAAUACAAUCAAUACUUCUGGCUAGGAAUCAAUGAAUCCCUCCGACCUGCACUCAAAAGCAAGAUUAUGGUCUUUAAUCCUCAUAUCGACCUCUCCUCACCUUUUUCUAUUGAAGACGUUACCAAGGCAGUUAAAAUCAUCUUCAAACAAGACCGCUUUGAUGUUGAAAUCCUUGACAAUCCCUCUGCACGCCCCUUCACAUCUCUUAUUCCCCCAAAGAAUUCGUAUCCUGAACAUUCAUCAGUCUUCGACAAGAUCAAGAAGUACUUACAGGAGAUGUUUCCUAACAUCGAGACGUGCGAUGCUUGUGAACGUCCAUACAAUCCCCCGGAAGAGACCAAGCACAUCUUUCAGGAUCUAGAAAAGGAAGAGAAGCAAGCGCACAAGGACAACAAAGUGGAGAACUUGAUCAAGCAGAUGUCGAAGCUCACCAUCCAUGAUUUUUUGUACGCCAUUUACUAUCUUUGCGCCAUCAAGUUGGAACCCACUGUCACAAGGAAUUUCUGCUCACGUGUAGGAUCUUUGAAGUCAUAG